AUGUCCGGAACGAUCAUAAUAACAGGCGCAACUGGCUCCCUAGCCGUGGAAACCGUGCGAUAUCUUAUAUCCUCUCAUCCGUCCUUAACCGUCAUCGGCACUGUUCGACAUGUCCCGGAAAGCUCCAAAAGCCCUUACCUGCUCCAAUUACAAGCCAUCCCGCGAGAAUUUCCCAAAGCUAAAUUAUUCAUAAAGAGCAUGGACCUCAAUUCACUCACUGAGGUCCGGUCAUUUGCCGACGACAUCGCGAACCAAGUGGCAACAGGAGACCUUCCCCCGAUUGCAGCUAUUAUCUGCAAUGCAUUUACCUGGUCAUUAUCUGGUGCCUUACAGUUCUCUCGGGAUGGCUAUGAAUCGACAUUCCAGGUGAAUCAUCUCUCGCACUUUCUUCUUGUGUUGAAACUUCUAUCGCGCAUGGAUCGCCAAUCGGGUCGAGUGGUCAUGCUCAGCUCGGAGGUGCAUGAUCCUGAACAUCGCAACCCACUCUCGAAAUUAGGUGCUAUGUUUCCGCAGGAAGAUGACAUGGAGCAAUUGGUAAAGCCCGUUGCAGAUUCCCCCGGGACAGAGCAUGACAUGGGCUGGAGAAGAUAUGCCACAAGUAAACUAGCAAAUGUGAUGUUCAUGCACAGUUUGAAUUAUCAAUUAGAACACAAUCCAUCCCUCGGAAAAAUCACCGUGACUGCUAUGGAUCCCGGUGCGAUCUUGGAUUCUCGCGCACAUAAUGAGCAGCGUACGAUUAAUAGAUUCAUGUUCGGGAUAAUGAAUCGAUUGUUUCCUCUGUUGAAAUUCUUCAGCUCUCGCUUUCGAUCGACUGCAGACUCAGCUCGGGAUCUCGUAGCACUAGCUAUGGACUCGAAAUAUCACGGCGUGCGAGGGUACUUUGACGGUCAAAAGGCUAUCUGUUCCGCUAGUGCAAGUCGGGACAAGGUGAGAAUGAAGGCCCUUUGGAUGGCGUGCUGGGAAUGGGCGAAUGUAGAGGAGGAAGAGACAUGUGUGGGACAAUGGCUGUCAGAAUAG